CUCUCUCUCUCUCUCUACCAUAUAAGAGCGGUACAGCUCUGCAAUUGCUCCGUUCUCUCUUUUUCUCUCUGUAAGCAGUUCGCUUAUGGUUGAAACCCAUGGCUUCUGUUGUGACAGGCAAUUCAGCUAAUUUCUCUCUCCAAAACCACUCAGAAAGAACCAGUCUAUGGCUUCAUCCCAGCAAUUCUCUCUCAAGGACGACGUAUCUCUGCAAGUUGUUCCCUACCAGACGGUGGAAAGCCCCUCGCCUUCUCAAGCUGAGAGCUGAAGCUGCAGAGGUCUCUGAAACCACUGUUCUAGAGAGGGAUGCGUCCAAAGGUAACCCUAGUUCUAAAGAUGCAAUUCAGAAGUUAUUACAAAGGGAAUACAAAUGGGGCUUUAGAUCUGAUAUCGAAUCUUUUUCGAUCCCAAAGGGCCUCUCUGAAGAGACAAUAAGGUUAAUCUCAGCCCGAAAGAACGAGCCGGAUUGGAUGCUUGCAUUCAGACUAAAUGCCUUUAAUCAAUGGUUAAAGAUGACUGAACCCAAAUGGUCAGAUAACCAGUACCCUCCAAUAAAUUUCCAAGAUAUGUGCUACUAUUCAGAGCCAAAACAGCAGGCAAAGAAGAAGAGUUUAGAUGAGGUUGAUCCCCAGCUUUUAGAAACCUUUCAAAAAUUAGGGAUUCCUUUAACUGAGCAAAAACGAUUGGCAAAUGUUGCAGUUGAUGCAGUUUUUGACAGUGUAUCCAUCGCUACCACUCAUAGAAAGACCUUAGAGGCAGCAGGGGUCAUCUUUUGCUCAAUUUCAGAGGCCAUUAGAGAGUACCCAGAUUUAGUUAGGAAAUAUUUAGGCAAAGUUGUCCCUCCUUCUGAUAACUUUUACUCAGCUCUAAAUUCAGCUGUUUUUAGUGAUGGGUCUUUUUGUUACAUCCCAAAAGAUACCGUUUCACCCAUGGAUAUAUCAACCUAUUUUCGAAUUAACGCAUUAGAAACUGGACAAUUUGAAAGAACCCUAAUUGUGGCUGAUGAGAGAAGCUUUGUUGGGUACUUAGAGGGGUGCACUGCUCCUUCUUAUGAUAAAAAUCAGUUACAUGCAGCUGUUGUUGAGCUUUUUUGUGCAGAGGGUGCUGAGAUUAAGUAUUCAACUGUACAAAAUUGGUAUGCUGGUGAUGAAGAAGGAAGGGGAGGGAUAUAUAAUUUUGUUACAAAGAGGGGUUUAUGCGAUGGCGAUAAUUCAAAAAUUUCGUGGACUCAAGUGGAGACUGGAUCAGCAAUUACUUGGAAAUACCCAAGUGUUGUUUUGAGGGGAAAGAAUUCGGUUGGUGAGUUUUACUCGGUUGCUUUAACAAACAAUUGUCAACAGGCUGAUACUGGAACUAAAAUGAUUCAUCUUGGGACAAAUACAAGGAGUAGGAUUGUUUCAAAAGGUAUAUCAGCAGGAAAGUCAAGGAAUUGUUAUAGGGGUUUGGUUGAGGUUCGGCCGCAUGCUCAGAAUGCAAGGAAUUUCUCUCAGUGUGAUUCUAUGUUGAUUGGUGAUAAUGCGGCAGCGAAUACUUAUCCUUACAUGCAGGUUAUGAAUCCCACUGCUCGUGUGGAACAUGAAGCUAGCACCUCCAAAAUUGGGGAGGACCAACUAUUUUACUUUCAGCAGAGAGGCAUCGACCAUGAGAAGGCCGUUGCCGCCAUAAUUGGGGGCUUUUGUAGGGAUGUCUUCAACGAGCUUCCGCUAGAAUUUUCAGCUGAAGUGAACCAACUAAUGAGUUUGAAGCUUGAAGGCUCAGUUGGUUGAGGUAUGAUGAGUUUACAAGCUGAAAUGUAAGGCUUUGUUUCUUUAUCCCUUUUAGAGUGGAUGGAUUUUCACUUAAUGUUGAGAUUGUUAAGUUGUGAAGUCUCUACUUGGAUAUUUGUAGACAUAAAAAAGCUAUUGUAAUUUGUAUGAGUAAAUAUCUUGCUCUUUAUGACAAACUGUCAAUGUACAACUGUUUCCCUGAUAUCUCAUUGAGGUAUAUGAUCAAUGUAUAUAUUAUGAAUGUACUGCCAUUGAA